CAUUUGUUUCUUAGUGCUCGCUGAGGAGGGACUCAGCGAGAGCUGCUGCUCACAGGCUGCCUCUCACUGGAAGGAUGCAGACGGUGAAAGAAGAGAUUCCACUACAGUUAAUUAAGGAGCACUCCGCACGUGCCUAUAAAUGCGAAGGGGCAAAUGAAUUCCGUGUCACUGGGAACAGCUCCUCAAGGGGAAGCAGUGAUAUUUCAAAGGUGGAAUUGAAAGAGCUGUAAAUCUAUUUCCUGACACCGGCUUGACGGUCAUUUCUGAAUCACUGGACUGUUGCUAUCAAAGUGUGGAGCAGGGAGGCAGAGUUCCCUCCUCGAGCUAAAUUCAGAGUUAUUGGAUGGAAUCAACAUGAGCGGCAUUAUGGAUGGAUUUAUGUCAUUCUGUUGAGAUAUUUAUAUACUCUUGGUUGGGUUGCGCAGAUGUGUCCUGUCAUGUCCUGGCUGCUCUGCCUGUGCCUCUGGGUCAGUGUGACUGCCAUUCAGCUGUGUCAGGCCACUUUCUAUGACACCAUCCAGCAGCAUCAUGGGACGAGGCCCGGACGAACCACCAUCCACAUGAUCGAGGGGGGCACAUGUGAAGUAAUUGCUGCUCACAGAUGCUGCAAUAAGAACCGUAUUGAGGAGCGGUCGCAGACUGUCAAGUGCUCCUGUCUGCCAGGGAAGGUGGCUGGAACCACCAGGAACAGACCUUCAUGUGUGGACGCAUCCAUAGUAAUUGGGAAGUGGUGGUGUGAGAUGGAGCCUUGCCUGGAGGGGGAGGAAUGCAAGACACUCCCUGACAACUCAGGCUGGAUGUGCUAUGCCGGCAACAAGAUCAAAACCACAAGGAACACUCAGCCAUACACAACAUCGACAUAUUAACACUCUGCGGAAAGGAUGUGAGGGAACGCCUCUGGUGCAUAGGUUAAUCUGCAGCACCAUCACAGGACCAAUUAUCACAAAGACAAUGAACCUAUUGUUGCUUUAAGAAAUGUGAACACUUCUCAGAUUAAAGAGUAAAAAGAUGUAGAAUACAUAAAGCACAUCCUGCUCAAGGCUAGUGAAAACACUGAUGCUCCAAGCUGCCUGCAGGAAACUUCAUCAUAACCUUGUAAUGAAUACAUUUUCAUCAAUUCCUUAUAACUGAGAUGGGACGUGAAUGUCUGCGCAUUUGGAUUAAUAUCUGCAAAGCAUCUGACAUCCCUCCUCAGACAUCAGUAAGACAGAUGUUCGCCAUGAAGCACAAGACGGGAGAGGAAUACGUCAAAGGACACAGGAUAAGCAAGUACAGUAGUUGACAGCCCUCAGGUUUUCUUUUCUUUUUUUUAAUAUUGUAAGAGGAAAAAUACUGUACAUAAACUGUUCGUCCUUGUUUGUGUACAUGAACUUUAUUUACGGUGGUGGUGAAAAACGAUCAUUCGAGUUCCUGAAUGCAGUCUUAAUCUCCCCUCUUGUUACUCACAAAGCCCAGCGCAGGCAAAGUUUGAGGAUGUGAUGUUAGGAUUUAAAAAAAAAAAAAAAAAGAAAAGAAAA